GAGUGUGACUCGAAAAGUAUAGAGGAGAAGAAAAUGGCGGUGGGUGAAGAACAGAAACGCAGCCCCAGAAGCGAGAAGGUAGCAUUAGCAGAUUCGAAUGGCCAAAAUAUUGCGACCCUUUUCAGCCCAAGGUUCAAAUCCGCUGCAGCUAUGGCUGGUUGGGAUGAAGAGGCUCUGUUAUUGGCCAGCCUCAUCGUUGAAGACACGCCAGACAGAGAUUCCAACCACAAGAGGCGAUUUCUUUUGCACUCCAAAACCCCACCUACCAACUCUUCAAGGAAACGUAGAGCUCAGAGGACUCCACAACCUGUAGCUAUUCUUGAUCUUGAUGAAGAAGAAACUCCCAAAAAAGAUAGUGGGAGAAAGAAGAAAGGAAAGAAAGUUAACGAGGGAAGCAAAGUAGAAGAGGGUGGGAAUGAAUUGACCGAGAAGAACAAGGGUGUCUCUUCUUCUAGUUCUGCUCUUCCCUGCAUGGAUAAACUAAGGGAAGAGCUUUCAUGUGCUAUUUGUUUGGAGAUAUGCUAUGAGCCAAGUACCACUCCUUGUGGUCACAGCUUUUGUAGAAAAUGUCUACGAUCCGCCGCUGACAAAUGUGGCAAAAAAUGCCCAAAAUGCAGGCAGUUAAUAAGCAAUGGACGAUCGUGCACUGUGAACACAGUCCUCUGGAACACAAUUCAGCUUCUGUUUCCCCAAGAAAUUGAAGCAAGGAAAGCAGCUGGUGCCUUGAAUGCUCGACAACAAGCUCAAAAUCUGAGUCCAGAAACAGCAUUUUAUGCCAACAUAAGGAAUAGAAGCACACCACCAUCUAGGGGGGCAUCAACCAGAAGUUCAAGGAGGAGUGUGGCAACAACAACAACAUCAACAACACAAGAGGAUGAGGAUGCUGCAUUGGCCAGAAGGUUGCAGAGAGAAAUUGAUGAGCAAAGCCAUGGAACAACAACAACUAGAACUCGUGUGUUGCAAAGAGUGGGGGCAAGAAGAGGAGGGAUUUCUGCAAGCCGCCAACAUGAGGAUGCAGCUUUGGCUCUCAGGUUGCAAAGAGAAGAGUUCAUGCAAACUUAUAGGAGCCAAGAACAGUCUACUACUAGUAGACUACCCUCAUCAACAUUAGCUAGAGCAAAUUUGAGGUCCUUGGCAUCUAGAGCCAUGAAUCUUAGGAUUAGUGACAGAAGAAGAUAAUAAUCUCAAUGUCAAAAAGUUUGCUUUGAGGAGACUGAUGUUGACCAUACAACAAGUUAACAGCUCCACCUUUAUUUUUAUUUUUUUUUAAUAUCAUUUUAUGGUAAUCUUUGUGCCUCAUAAUUUUGAAGUGCAUUACCUAUAGUGGUUUAUGGUGAACCACCUAAACAAAACGAAGUUCUACACGUGACAUGCACGUGAUCUCCACUAUAAUACAUUUUUUUCUUUC